AUGCCGUGGUACUUUGAGGCUGCUUUUGUGCGCCACGUGCCUGACAAGAGGGAGACGCCCAUGUGGCACCAGUUGGCUAAGAGUCCGGUUUGCUUUGAGAACGAGAAAAUGCAAUCCACAUCCGACACAGCUGCGUACGAGAUCAGCAGUGCGGACUGUUUUUUUGUGUUCGACUUUGACAUUACGUGGCGACCUUUACUUUUUUUUCGUUCAGCCGCGAAAACCACGGUCAGCGUCAGCAGAGAGGCUUUUCGAGCAGCGUCAGCAGAAAUCACGACCACGGAAGCUUGUGGAGUAGAUGUAGAAUACGUUGACUCUUCAUUCCUAUCGAGUCGUGGCGCCGUUGUAAACGUGGCUUCAUCUUCUGCUGGAUCGGAAAGCGCAUCUCGUGAACUUGAUGGCGGCGCUUUCCAUCCGAACUUGCCGCCUAUACGACCUCUCCCUCGCUCAACAGUCGAAGUCGAAGAGCCAGAAGUCGUAGAUGAUGAGACUGACGACACUAGAACUCCGCAGCCACCUCCUACCAGCUUCCUCUACGUAGCAGAGCGGCAAUCUAGUCUCGACGACACCACUCCGAAGGAACGCGCGCCCAUCAUUACUUACGAACAGCUGAGGGGGUUCCAGGCUAGAGUGCGGUCCAUCAUCGCCGGCGGCGUCGCUAGUCGUGAGCAUACCCUUGCAGAAUUAACAAAGAAGCUGCAAGCGUGGCGCGAUUGUUCAAAAGCGGCCGAGUACGUAAAGCACACUGUCUGGGACCGGGGUCCGCUGCAGUCGCCACGCGAUGGCGCUAUUGGCAUUCCUCGAGACCGCGACAUUUGGCCCACGCGUCAUCGCGUCUGCAGCGAUGUGCUAAAACGUGGAAUGAAUACCAUGCACGAAAGAGACCAAUUUGGUCCACGUGGCUACAAGGACCCUCCUACCUCCGCAGCUGCUGCAAAGUCUCCAGAAGCAGAAAGCGCCACUUUGUUAAAACAGCUCGAUUCUCUGCGGGAGGCGUUAGUAUUCGUGGAACGGCUCUCGACCGAGUGGAGUAUGCAGGCAGUGAUCGCCGACCCGUCACCCGCGGAGGCUGGCGCGUCCGACAAUGAGUGGCCACUCUGCGGGGCGCAGAAGAUUGCGAAAGGCGGCGCACGGGGAAACUUGUUGAAACUGGAGCCAUCCGCGAACGUUUCACCCCAAGAAAAUAGAGGGAUGCGCACGCGUGCGAGCCAGUUCGGCGAGCGCGUGAAGGUAGCCGCGCCUGAACAGCAGCUUUCUGAUCAAGCAAGUGUGGUAGUAAAUGCGCCAGUAGGCUUGCGCCGUCAUUGGAGGAGGUGUGAAGCACGGGGAAUGCGGAGCCGUGAAGCAGAAAGUCUGAUGGACUUAGUGGACGCGGAGGCUUUUCUAACCCGAAAUGCGGUGUAUGUCACGCAUGAGUCGGAGUCGGAGACGAUGCCGCGACCUAGAGCGGAUUCGGAAAUGGUGAAGAAGGAGAAGUGGACCAGCCUGGACGACCCUAGUUCGGACUGGAUACGCCGGGGCGACUGGAGUGACACGGACUACUUCAACUCCAAAGGACAGACGGAGAAGGCGUUUGAACAUACAGAGCUGUCGGAGGAAGAUCCUGCUCCGGGUUUUUCACAUGUGAAGGAGGCGCUUCGGUCUCCUCGCCGUUCGUUCGCGCAGUCCUUGCACCUGGCACACCGAACGGCGAAUUCUUGGCAAGACUCUGUGCUUCAGCAAGCGGCGGGGCUGAAAGAAGAGGACGUAGUGCUAGACUCUCACAAUGGAGUUGCAGGAUCCGAAGGAGGCGGCAGAGAGAAAACGAAAAGUGAGCCAGCUACGAUUGCAGAGCGCGAGCGGGUCGACAUCUUCGCGACGGCCAUGCGGCCAUUGAAGUGUGGCUCCUUUGCAUCACAGUCACUUCCGCCGUUCGGCAGCGCGGUAAGUAGCUACGCUGCCUUGUCAGGCUGCCUGCAACACGACCAGCCAGUGAGCAUGUGUGCCUUGGGAUUGUACGCCAGGUCACCCUUUUUCGUCAAUGAUGGCAACGAUGAACAGGCCUUGUUCGAGUAUCUAGUCGCGGGGAAUUUUGCGACGGACCUUGCAGCGAUAGCAGGCGCCCGACGACCGGCGAGUGGAGAAGCGAAGGUGGUCAGCGACGUUAGAUCAGGAGAACACGUAGCGUCGGCACUUGAGACGCGGUUCGUGGCUUUCUUCCGUCAUGAAGUCCUGGAGCCGCUAGCCACUGUAGUCCCACGAUCGCAACGACGCACGUCUGCUUCUUCGCUGAGCAGGGUCGAAAAGCUGUUCUUCGCCUCGUCAGAUGAUGAUGGUGGGAGUGGUUCCUGUGAGGAGGAGGGGAGCUUCGACCCCGUUUCUACUUCUGUCGAUGAGGGCUUCGAUUUGGUUACGCAUCUGAGCAGGCAGGGCAAAAACGUGAUUUACCUCACCUUUGUUUGCGUCAAGGCAGUCUCGGCGCUCACUGCCUGGACAGCAUCAGCAACACGGGAUCAAACUUUGCCUGCGGAAAUUGAGCGGCGGCUUGCACACAUCUACAACCGACUGGAGGAAGACCUGUUGCUUCCCAUCCUGCGACUAAUUUUGGGCGUGAUUAAGGCGCUAGCGCGCUGGAGAGAGAGCGAAGGCGGAAGGACACAGCAAGUGGACGAGCGCAGUUUGCGGCUGAUCGCUCUGUGCACUCCACUCCAAAAAGUUGUCCUGUACUCGCUCUCCUCGCUUUUCGAGCACUGUGCCAAGAAUCUGAACACCGUAGCAGCAACAGGAGCAACAGAACCACCUACAGAAGACGGACAGGCUGCUGCUGAGAACAAGCAAAACGAACUCCACGACGUCGCCACGAGGAAGUACAAAAACUUGAGAGCGUUUGCUUUCGAGUCCCGCGCAGCAGCGUGGGCGCCAGCGAUUGCGGAAGUGCUGGCGCCGUUGCCAAGCAUGCUGGAGACGUCGUCGCUAAGGGCCGCCGGCCUGAGCGUAAGGCAACAGCUUGAGAUGGAGCUUCAGCUGGAGCGCACGCGACUGCUCUGGGAGAGUCACAUAGAGGACGCAAGCGAGCGCUCGAACGACUCGCUUCACAACGAGGCCUAUUACAAGUGCAUAGUCGGAGACGGUGACCGAGACGAAGAAGCGAGAUCUGCACACCUCAUGAGUACAACCAAAAUCCUUCCGCUUGGUGCCACCGCGUUGAGGAAGCGACCCUUUCUGCGGGCGGUGCGCAGAGCCCUCGCCUUAGAGCUGGCAUUGCCACUGCUUCCCUUAGCAGAGGAGACGGACCAAGACAGACUGAGGAGAGCCUGCAAAACGAGUGAAGGAGGAGGUAGAUCUUAUAUAUGUACCAGGGAGGGAGGCCCCCCCUGUGGAUGGAUCUGUGGUGGACCACGCCAGAGGGGUCCAGCCUGGGCACCUUUGCCACGUCUGUCGAGGGGCUGCCAGGCGGGAAGGCCUCAAAGCGCCCACUUCUGACCCCUUCCCGCUUCUUGCCUAGGGGUCAUCUUGUUGCCUGUACCCUACAGACCUGGCAAAGGUGGCAAAGGCAGGGCCCAGCCUUCCCUUGUCACCUUUGCCAGGUCUGUAGUGUUGGGCACAUGCAACACGCCAGAGGGGUCCAGCCUUGCCACCUUUGUCAGGUCUGUAGGGUACACGCAACAAGGCAGCGGGGCCCUGCCUUUGCCAGGUCUAUAGGGGGGGCCUGCCUCCCUGGUGCAUAUUUGCGCCAGGUCUGUAGGGUACACGUACAGGCAACAAGGCAGCGGGGCCCUGCCUUUGCCACCUUUGCCAGGUCUGUAGGGUACAUGCAACAAGAUGACCCCUGGGCAAGAAGCGGGAAGGGGUCAGAAGUGGGCGCUUUGCGGCCUUCCCGCCCGGCAGCCCCUCGAAAAGAGGGGCCGGGGCUGGCAGGCCCCCCCUCAAAAAGUUAUGGAUCGGGGGGGGGCCUCCAGCCUGGAGCCUUGGAACAGAUAUACGAUUCAAGGCUGGACGGUGCCCCCCCCUGUGGUCUGGUCUGUGGUGGCGCGCGCGCGCGCGCUUUUCCGCGCGGGUUUUCGCGGAUUCUAGUGGUGGAAGGCGUCAAAACUUGGCGUGGGCGUCCCCUUGGGCCUCUCAGCGUGUUCCCGAGGGACCUCCUGGCCUCUGCUGACCCUCGCAGGCGGGAAGCCUCUGGGGUAAAAGGCCGCCGAAGGCGGCCACGGUCGCAAGAGCAAGCAAGCAGGCGACCAAGGGCCCGGAGGGUACAGGCGGCACGGCUCAGGGGGUCCAGCGCCUCGCCCUUUGCCGCCUUCGGGGGGCUUCCACUGCUGGCGCACUGCUACGGCGGUGAAGCCUAGCGGAUCGGAUGCACCUAGGGCACAGACAGGCACCUGGACGGGAGCGCAGGCGGUCCCGUGGGCCCUUUUUGAAGCCUCCCACGGCACCAUCAUCGGAGGCCCGUAGGGAACAGCCAGGCAGACGGCAGGGAGCGUAGAGGGGAGGCAGCUUGGCCUCGUUUUGAGGCCUUCCACCCCUGGCAGAUGCCUUAAAAAGGGGCCCAGGGCGCGCGGUGCCUUCCCGCAAGGGGGGCCGAACGCCCUAGAGCUGUCCAAUCCAAAUGAGUCCCACCGCAUACUCUCCCCUAUUAUCUAAGGGCGGUUCUUGUUGCUCUCUUUGAUGCGUCACGCGUCAUGCCUCCCACGUCACGCCGCACAUGAGAGGCGUGGCGCGUCACAUGAGAGGCGUGACGCGUCACGCGUCGCCCCGAAGCCACGCAUCACGCGCCCACGGAUCUAUCACGGGCCCGCGGAUUUAUCAAGGAUCCACGGAUCUAGCAAGGAGCCACGGAUCUAUCAAGGAUCCACGGAUCUACCAGCCCAAGGGCUCGCGGAUCUAUCAAGGGCUCGCGGAUCUAUCAAGGACUCGCGGAUCUUUCAAGGGGCCGCGGAUCUACAUCUAUCAAGGGUCCGCGGAUCUAUCAACGGCCCCCGGAUCUAUCGAGGACCCCUCCACGGAUCUAGCAUGGAUCCGCGGAUCUCUCAAGGAUCCGCGGAUCUAUCAAGGAUCCGCGGAGCGAUCGAAGACCUGUGGAGCGAUCGAAGGUCCCCGGAUCUUUCAAAGAUCCCCGGAUCUAUCGUACUAUCAAAGAUCCGCGGAGCUAUCAAAGAUCCGCGGAGCUAUCAAAGACCCGGGGACCUAUCAAAGGUCCGCGGAUCUAUCAAAGACCCACGGAUCUAGCAAGGGUCCGCGGAUCUAUCAAGGAUCCGCGGAUCUAUCAAGGGUCCGCGGAUCUAUCAAGGGUCCGCGGAUCUAUCAAGGGUCCCCGGAUCUAUCCGGCAUCCAUCCCCGGACCUAUCAAGGACCCACAGAUCUAGCAAGGAUCCGCGGAGCGAUCGAAGACCCGUGGAGCGAUCGCAGAUCCGUGGAGCGAUCGAAGCUCCCCGGAGCGGAUCUAUCAAAGACCCCCGGAUCUAUCAAAGCUCCACGGAUCUACCAAAGACCCUCGGAUCUAUCAAAGACCCGCGGAUCCAUCAGGGGUGGGGGUCCUUGACUCAGAGUGAGAGGCCCACCUAACUAAACUCGCAGACGCUUACCGUAGCGCAUUCCGACGCAGCUUUCUAAUGCAAUUAGAGGCGCGGCAGUACGAUAAUCAACGCCCGCGCUCAGUGUCGGGCGGUAAUGUAAAAACAACGAAGACACCGAGAAGCGGCCUACGUACUUUCUAUCUGCCACUUGGCUUGCCUUGACUUGAGGCGCCCACCGAUCAGGCGGAGCGGGAUUCUGUCUAUCCCUUGUCUCCAUAAUCUUCAAGGGGGUGCCCCUCUUCAAAGGAUUAAAAGACCCCAACUCGGCCCCGCAGCUACUUUCUGCCACUUCUGGACACUGGCCACGGCGAUUAGCUGGCGGCUCGAUUUAGAUGCAGAGCCGAGCGCGCGAGCCCGGCCCCAGGGCCCAGUGUAGGCUGUUGGCAGUUCUCUGCUUCCAGCCACAUUAGAGAGCUUCACGCAAGGGCAAGGGGGUGUCUACAAUUAUCAAAAUCAAGCCCCUUCAGCUUGUUGCUGCUUGCGUGCUGCGUGACGCUUGCAAUUGAAUGCAAACGCCUCACUUUCCUGAAGCUCUGCGCGUGACGCGGUGGGUGUCACACGUCACGAAACAGCUCUACGGCGUUCAAUAGGUUCCGCGGUGCUUGCCUCCCCCACGCUAGGGGGGGCACCGUCGCCCCGCGCCCUGGGACGUAUAUUAGUACUUAUAGGGUUAGCAAUAAUUUGCGAAAUCCUUAAGAGACUCCUUUAAGUGGCUUCCUUAAGGAAAACCCUUUUCCUUAAGGAAUUUCUAUUACGAAAAGUUAUUAUAACUUUCCUUAAGAGAAAAAAAAUUCCUUAAGGAAGCUCCUUAAGGAAAAGUUGUAAUAGCCCUUGGCUAAUAUUAGACCCUUCCUUAAGGGAUUGUUCGCAAGGACUCGCAAGGCUCUCUAAGUAAAGCCUUUGCGCUGCUAGUGCUACGAGUGGAAAGGCACCGCGAACAUGUUAACGCGUUCGCGGCUGUUAGUUUGUAGGCUACUCACGUACCCAGCCACAUCUGCAGCAGGACACUACGCGCCCACCCCUAGCGAAUCGCCCCAACGAACUUCCAGCCGCUACCCUUGUUAUUUAAUUAUCGCCCAGCGCCUUUACUUUUUUUCAAAAACUUCAGGGAGGUCAUUCAAAUACAGAGAAAACGGAACGACCCCCCUGAAGUUUUUGCAAAAAAGUUAGCUCGCCCCCCUUCCGCGACUACCUUCCGCACACAGCAAUCGACCACAGGAGCGCGCGGCAGCCCUUGGAGAUGGUUAACCAGUAUACUUCUAACCAGCUCACCAGGGUCCACCCUUCAGCCAUGCAAGUCCUCACGGCUAUCAUUCUCACAGACAUCGACAUCCUCAACGGCUUCGACUUUGACACACAGCGAUGCACAUCUUUGGCCUUCUCAUGGAUAUGAUGAUGCUCACCAGGGUCCACCCUUCAGACAUGCAAGUCCUCACGGCUAUCAUUCUCACAGACAUCGACAUCCUCAACGGCUUCGACUUUCACACACAGCGAUGUAUAUCUUUGGCCUUCUCAUGGAUAUGAUGAUGCUCACCAGGGUCCACCCUUCAGACAUGCAAGUCCUCACGGCUAUCAUUCUCACAGACAUCGACAUCCUCAACGGCUUCGACUUUCACACACAGAGAUGUAUAUCUUUGGCCUUCUCAUGGAUAUGAUGCAUGACGCUCACCAGGGUCCACCCUUCAGACAUGCAAGUCCUCACGGCUAUCAUUCUCACAGACAUCGACAUCCUCAACGGCUUCGACUUUCACGCGCAGAGAUGUAUAUCUCUGGCCUUCUCAUGGAUAUGAUGACGCUCACCAGGGUCCACCCUUCAGGCAUGCAAGUCCUCGCGAAGCCGUUGAGGAUGUCACCUCCCCAGCCUUCCCUUCUUUGACACAGUGGGAGCCAUCUUCCCAGCCUUGGCGAGCAGACUUGGCGACUUUUUUCGUUUGUCUUUCUGUCUCUUAGUAGUCAAUCUGUCUAGUUGUUAACCUAUGCCCGGCGCAGCGGGCCCUUGAUGGGCCCGCUUUCUGGGCAUGUAUAGAUACCGUAGAGCAUUUGGUGAGAAGAUGGGCGCUGGGUUGCAUGGAUGGCAAUGCAUUUGCAUAGCAUGCACAGCAUGAGUCGAAGGGGGUCAGAGCGGGACUCUCUUAAGGGAGCGAAACCGAAACGAGGACGAAAGCAAACUGAUGGCGUGGUCUAAAGGCUUUUGCUGCGGGUUGUUCUUUGCUGCGGGUUGUUUUCUGCUGUUGUUGUGGAGGCUUAGCGGCGUUUGUUUGUAAUGGGUCAGCUGCUCUUUGCAUUCGUACAGGCACAGCCAGCCUUCUUUAGCCGCCCCCCCUCCUCAGUGCAGCUGGAGCACGCCGAGCGCCUGCCCUGGAGCUUGUCUGCGCUUUCUCUCAAGUGAGAGAUCGGGCCUGCAUUAUCUAAAUAACCCGACUAGCUUGCCUCGGCUCUUGACUUUCUUACUCGCUUGCUCCUCUCUUGCGCACACAGGCCCCGGCGCUUGUGCUGCUCUUCGCUUGUGUCUGGGGCGAGGUCGCAGUGGGGUAGUCGGUUGCGUUUGUGUUCGUUGUGCCGUUGCGUAAUUCCUCAGCGAAGAACCCCGGCACUGCGGGCGAAUUAUGGCGCCCGAAGGGCGCUGCGAAAAAUUUAACGUUUUUGGGAUGCAUGGCCCAUCUGUGCCCUGCUUGCAUGCCACGCAGUCCACAACUUCAAGAGGGAGGCAGCUCUCUGAUAUAGCAGAAAACCCCGGCAAGGACUGCCAAAACCUGGACAGUAUUCAGCCUCUUCGGGCAUGGUAUGAAUCUGCAGAACACUCGCCGCUUACUGCGCUCCCUCCAGCAAAACCCCCCCGCAAUUGCGAGCAAAGAACCGCGGGCACCCUCCAAGCCCCCGCGCCCCUCCAAAAUCCCCCCGCACACGUCUGCAGGCUGAUGCUUGCGGUGGACCCUGGAGGGGCGCGGGGAACCACAGUAAACGAAACCAAAAAAAAGAAAAACCAAGGGGGAGCAAGCUGCAAAAGCCCCGAGCUGGAGCACUUCUAGGACCAGUAGGCCACAAGCGUGGCCGUUUUUGUGCAGUUCUUAGCAGACUCGGCGCCAUCUGAAUCAGCCACCUACGUACGGAAGCACCAGAGGCACCCGGAGCACGCGACAGCUUCGAAACUGAACAAAAAGAGGGCGGGGGGGCGCGGGCUCUUUGGAACUGAGUGAAGCGGCAGCCGGUCCAGCCCUCCUCGAAAAAGGCCACGAAGUUCGGCGCGUCUCUCUAUGUAUUGUUUGCCGGGUAGUUCUUGACUGCAGGGCUGUGCUUGGAAAACAACCAGAACACAGCUGCCCAGUUUUUUCGCCAAGGAUGGCCAGCCUUGCGAGCAGGGGCCCGGCACUUAGUCGAGGGGCUUAGUCAAUGCGGGUGAAACCGCCGAACGGGCGGGACCUGGUUCCCCAGUGAAAUACUUCAAGAGAGUGCGAACAACGCCAGCAAACCCCCCGACAAUCUGCGCACACACGGCGGCGCGCGUGAGUGGUCUGACUGGGGACAUUUAAAGGCGGCGGCGCGUCAUGUCUCUCUUCCUUGUAACUAAUCCCACGCGUGGGCCAUCUCUUAGGCACACCCCUACACCCAUCGAGCGGCGGGGGGUGGGCUCUCCUGACUUAAUGUCCCCGCCUGGCGCGAGAGCCGUGGGGCGCCGGGUGGUCAAAAGUUCAACGCUGAACAACAUCAAAAGACCCAAGGACGAAGAACCUGGGGCGGAGUGCCUCGGGCCUCUCUGAUUAUGGCGAAAAAUCUGACCGCAGACGACUGGGGCCCGGUGUUUCUAAUCAACCACCUGCGGAAGCACCAGAGGCGCAGCGAGUACGCUACACCGUCGAAACUCAACAAAAAGCGGAGGCGUAGGCUCUUUGGAGCUGAGGCGGCACCUGGUCCAGUCUUUCUUGAAAAAAGCCACGAAGUUGCGGCGGUCUCUCUGUUGUUUGCCGGGUUCUUGACUGCGAGGCCGUUUGUGGAGCAGAAAUUGGGAGACAGCUCGCCAGCUUUUUCGCCAAGGAUGGCCGUGUGAUCAGGAGCCUGGUACCUAAUGGAGAGACUUGGCCACUCAAAUUCGGCAAAACCGCCGAACGGUUUCGCGCUAAAUGAAAUACCUCAAAAGAGUGCGAACAACGUGAGGCAGCUAACCCCCCUGCCAAUCUGCGCACGCACGGCGGCGCGCGUGAGCGGUCUGGCCAUGCAUUUGGCGGCGGUGGUGUGUCUCUCUUCUUCGUAACUAUUCUUGCCCCCACGCGCGGGCCAUCUUCUAAGCACACCCCAACACUCAUGGGGUGGCGGGGGUGAUCUCUCCCAGAUUAAUAUCGCCACGCACCCGGCACGAGAGCUGGGGGGCGCGGGGUGGUCAAAAGUCCAACGCUGAACAACAUCGAAAGACCCCCGAAGCAACCCCGGGCGGAGCCGGGGCGCCUCAGGCUCCUCUGAUUAUGGCGAAAAGCCUGACCACAGACGCGCGGGGCUUGAAUGGAGAAAAUUCCAGCAAGGAAUGCAAAAAUCUGGACAGUAUCCAUUUGGCCCUUUUGGGCAUGAUAUGAAUGAAUCCGCAGAACACUGGCCGCUUAUUGUGCCUCUUUCAGGAGAACCCUCCCCCAAGUGCCGCGAGCAAAGAACCUGAGGCACCCGCCAAAUCCCCGCGCCCCUCCAGAACCAGAAUCCCCCAGCAAACUUCUGCAGGUUGAUGCGGUGGACUUUGGAGGGGCGCGGGGAACCACAUGAAACGAAACCAAAAGACAGAAAAACCAAGGGGGGAGCAAGUUGCAGAAGCCGCUAAGCGGAGCACUUCCAGGACUAGGGGGCAACAGUAGCGGGCGCCUUUGUGCAGUUCUUAGCUGCCUUAUUAUAAGUGUCGCGCGUUCUCACUCAGAGCAGAUAACUAAGUUGUAGCGCAGCUUGCUAUAGCUGCUGGCAGGUCGUGGCGCCAUCCAUCGUCAUGCGCUCACGUUCUUAGACUUGUGCUGCCACGCAUCUACCCCUAGCUCGACUGCUGAAAAAUCUGAAUGAUCUUGAUCAUGAUCUUUCUCCAAGUCCAAAAGCCAUUGCAGUGACAUUUUUAUGAAAGUCAAAGUAAGUUUGGACUAGAGUCCCAGCAAGACAGAAAGCAAGCACUUCUUUCAACGUCAGCAGGUCUGAUCGAGUUGUUUCCUAGGGCUUCGGCAGAAUGAGCUUGAGCCCCCUCGUCCAUUGUCUUGUCAGGUACUCCGACGGUUACGUUCUACAGGCUGGCCGGUGUCUCAAAGUGGAGCCCGCUUUACUACGCGCAGGCAGAAGGACAGCAAGAAGAGGAGCCGCAAGAGGAGGACGGCCUCUUCUACUUGCAUGCUGUUCCAGGCACCGGGCCUUACGAAUGCUACAAGUGGACCACUACGAAAGCGCGCAGCUUUUUUCGUGAUCGAUACGCUGGAGAGGACCCGGGAAUUUUACUCCGUCGCCCUCUAGGUCCAAGACUGGGAGAUCCUCUGGUCUUUAGGAAAGUCGGCACCGACAGCACGGCUUUGCUUGAUCUGCUCCUUGUUGAGGGGGGCGCUCCUACCUUUUUCGUGCGGCAAACGGACGCCUCUCUGUCAUACGGCAAGACGGACGCCUCUCCACCUUCGGAGAUUCGCGGAAGCAUUCUUCUUCCCGCCAGUGUGGAAGUCGCAGGAAGUCCGAGGAAUUGCGGCUGCUUGCCUGGCUAUUCCACUGCUGCAAGAGCGCGGACGGUAGGCCAUGCGGCGCCGUGCGGGUUGCUGCACCUGUCAAACAAGUACGGGCUUCCAGAGCUCGCAAGCGUCAGCAAGAAGACGGAGGAUGCGAGUGGGUCUGUGACCCUUUCUGGAUUGCAGCUGCUGGCACAGCUUUCUUUUUCUCUCAUGAUUUCUCCUGAUGAUGUUCUAAUCUGGGUAGCCCCAGCGCUGCGCGCUGAAGUUGGGGCAUAUUCGAUCUGCGGAGUCCAAGUCCCGCUGUGGGCGGCGAAUGCACAUGCCGGCGCGUUAGCGGCGGACGCCAGCUGGCUCACAUUUGUACCGGGCGGCACCUCUCAGGAAGCGGAACUCGUGACCACGAACGAAGACACAAGGGCCUCGUCAGAUAAGGUCUUUGACACACUUGCGGAGCGGUGGAUCGUGGAGAAUUUCAGGACGUUGCCACACGAGAAAGAAAAUUUUGACGACGACAAGAACCCGACAGCGAGUGUGGUGGUUCUCGACUACGACCGGCUACCUUGCUUCACGCUCCCCCGCUGGCAGAAGAGGGCCACGACUCUACCUCUAGUUGUCGAACGGCAGCGAGCUUCUACUCAAUCUCAAGCGAAAAAAAAAGGGCCAGCUUCUCCCGCCCCACGGCGACUUCAACUAGCUCGGGUUGUUCAGCAUGCAGAUGGCGUGCACACGUUUAGUGCGACAGACCAUGCUCGACCACUGCAGCACGCAGCCACGCAGCUGCAUGCACUGGGGCGGAAGUGGCAUUCUCAACAGGCUGAAGGUGCCAUCGAGGAGAAAGCCGCCCCGCUUCCUGCUGCCCGUGAGAUAUCCAGGCCAGAGAACGCCUUCGCACGGACGUUCUGCCUCUUCGAACAGGCCGGCGAUGAUGAGACCACUGCUGGAAUAAAAGCGAUAGCUGCAGCAUCAGACGAAGUUGGUCCGAAAAGGUUCUGUCUGCUUUAUCUUCUUUUUUUAGAAAUGAAGGAGCCCGGUGCAGCGAGUAGUGCGCUGGUGACGGUUGAUAAGAUUGUGGCCUCAUCGCCACAUGGAGCAGUGUCAGAGGCAUUGCGGGAAUUCUCCUUGGAGGAGGACGAAGAAGCCACAGGAGGACAACGCAGCUACGCCGCAGAUGAGUCCCAAUUUGGCGGUGGAGGUCCAGCUCGCAUUCAGCUUGCUCUUGCGGAGAGAAUCGUCCUCGGCUGGAUUUGCUCGGUGUUUUCGAUGGGAGAAAGUACAGACUCUACACACGACGCAGCAUGGGACGAGCUCAAGGCGGUCGCCUUUCUGCAGCUUGUUCUGCACUUUUUGGACGACAUAACGACUUUCGGCGGAGGCAAGUCGCCUGCAAGAAUGUGUGCAGACGUUGCGCGCGCGCACAUAGUACAGAGCGCACAGGGCACGAGCGCCGGAGCACGCGGGCUUAGCCUGGAGGCGCGACUUCCGGGCGGAGCGGCCCAGGUCGGCAAGCUCGUCUACGAAUUGUUCGUCCGCGAUCUCGGCGCAACUGCUGAAGUUCCUCUGUAUGUUCGAAAUUGGCUUGCAACAAUGCAAGGACGGCAGCGCGACGCAGCAGCAAUCUCGAGUGAAACAGCGCAAACUCUGGUAGUGCAGAGCAGCCAAGCAGUGGAGCUCCGCGGCAUAGACAGGUGUAUGCCCUUGCCCAUUCUCCUCGGCUCACAAGGCUUGUCACAUGUGCAGAACCCUCUACAGCGGCUUCGCUGCAGUGUUGACGGAUGUUUUACCCAGGGUGGCUCGAAGGGGGAGCUGCUUAAUCGACAACCGGACAGAGAACUUCCUGUGUGUUUUGCCUACGUUUAUACACUGCAAGCGCCUGGCGCCUGGCACGAUGAAGCAGAACCGGCCACAGGCACAGCGCCAGCGCUGGCCAACUUCUUACCACCUGGCGCUGGGGUGAGGGCCAGGGCUUCUAGCGUUCCCCCUUGGUGUAAAAGUACAUCUUCAACAACUUCAAUCUCAAUCAGCGAAGAUCUUACGAAAGAUUCGGUCUGGGCGAUUCAGCUCUCCAUCCUGGGUCACGAGACGGAGUCCGCCUCGAAGCACGGACUGACCACGCCCGCGCUGGACUGGCGCUCGCUCCUCGCACUCUUAGCGGACUCCGGAUGCAGACGGUGGACACGAAAAUUCGCUAAAUCAAUAUCCGACCAAAAUAGAAUUGCGCGUCUCCACUUUCGCGUAAAGACGCUUGCUAAGCGUUUACUGCUCGAAAAGCGGCCAGCAUUCUCUCCUGAAAGACGGACACCAGAUGAGCAGCCAAAAGCCGCGAAAUCGACAGCGCGCGCAGCAAUCGAAGCCAUGGGUGAGGAGUUGCUAGCGUUUCAGCUGUUGCAGGAUAUCACACUCCGCGACGAUCAGCGUGAAGCGCUGGAAGCAUUGGACUGGCCUCGCGACGAGGAAGCGGGGACUUUCCAGCUAGCGAUGCCCGUCAUUUCGCAUCCGUGCGCAUUUGACGACCGACCGACCGACCGCUCGAACGUUGCUCAUGAGGACCGUGCAGUAGGUGGAAGCCCCGGCCUGCAAGGUGGGCGGAAGGUUUCGAAGGUUCAGAAUUACUCUCCGGCCCGUGUCAGGUUCCUGCUUCUGCGUAUGGGGUUCGGAAAAACGAAAGUGCUCUCGCCCCUCGUCAGCAUGCUUUUCUUGUACAAAGGCUUCCUGCCGAUCACGGUGAUGCCGCCAGCGCUGUUUCAGAUCACGCAAAAUGACUUGCGACACUCCUUACGCGAAGCGCAAAUCCACGUGCAGCCAUUUUUUGCGUCGGAGGCGGCGGCUGACGCGAGUGCGCUGCGUAGGCUUUCGGCUGAGGAAUGGGAAGGAAUUGCGGACCGGCUGCGACUAGCCGUUGCGGAAGGCACUACGACUUUUGUCGCCCAGCCGUUUCAAAUUCGAGCACUGGCGCCGCUCGAGGAUAUCUUUUGGCACCAAUGGCACAGGAUGAGAGAGUCGAGCAGCGCAGCUACCCACGAUGCCGAACCACUGGAAAAAAUCAAAGCAAAGGCAGCUGCACUGUCUCAGGUUAACGCGCUGGUCCGGGAAAGCGCACACUUGCUGUUGGAUGAGAUGGAUGACCUGAUGCGAGCCGGCACAUCCGUGGUCCUCCCGCUCGGGGAGCAAGUUGCACUAGGAGAGAAUCUGCUGAAGACUGUGGUUUGUGAUUGGCUCUUCGAUGGAUUACUUGGAGGUAAACUACUUGAGCACCAUGACGAGAGUUUGCUCGCAGAGGUCGUGCGCAAUACUUUUAGUUCGACGAACUGGAAGAGCCUAUUACUCGAAGCAGCCCGAGCCGCGCAACCGCAGGCAGAAGCGCUCGCUUCUGCAUCUUCGUCUACUGCUGAUGGGGUCCAGAAACUCGGCACCGCUUUCGUGGAAGCAAUUUUUUCGACGGAGCUGCCAGCCGCUCUUGCGGCGGAACCAGGAAGGGACUACGGAUUCUCAUUCGCAAGCCCGAGUCUCGGCAUCGUAAUUCCCUACGGGGGGCCGUGGGCACCUCGAGAAAGCUCCCGCUUUCAGAAGCCAUGGCAAUCCGUUUUUCGAACUGUGUUGCUGCUGCUUUCUGUGCAGCCAGAAGUCGACGGCGCGGGCAAGGGCGUUGGCGAUGCGUGGCAGCGUCGGCGAUACAUGCGAGCGUUUCUGCUCGACCUGGCGCGGCGAGCGGACGCGGACGCUGUCGAAGCAAAAAAGCAGCUGCUGGACCAGUAUGUCAAAGAAGCUGUGGGCGCCAAGAAUAGAAGAGGGCACAAGAUAACGCAGGAGCCUGCCUUUCAACAGGUUCUGGCAGAAUCUUUGUCACCGGCAAGAGGUGGAGUCGCCGCUGAGGACGCUUUUACCUUCAGUGAGGCAGCGCAGCUCGUGGCCCCCACUGAAACGGCCAAGAUCAAUGACGCCUUUGCGGGGGUGAUGCAGGAAGUCGACACAGAGGGGCCCGCCCGGGAGCAGGGUCUACCGGCAACGCCCAGACGAACCUUUGGAGCCCGACCCCCGAAGAAAGAGGGGGCAGCGUCGGAGGCUCUGGUCAUGGCCUCGCUAAGGGCAUUUGCCAUCUUCCGCGCCAACCUCUUGCAGUCAACAAGUGGAGAGCCCUCUGGCGGGGAGCAGAGGCGAGUUGCUUUUUCCUUCUUCCGAGCCUACUUCCGUUUCCUCUGUCGCAAGGUGUUCAGUGACAAGUACCAACUCGGUAUAUAUCUGGAAUACAGCGAAGGGACCUCAAUCGACCUUGCAACGACAGGGGCAGCGAUCACAGGAUGGAGCGGCACGGAGGAAGAGCAUGAGGCGUUUCCUUACUGGGUGAAAAAAGAUCGCCGUAGCGAUACCACAGAGGCUAUCUAUCAGAGGAUGGCGCGCAUGCCCAGUCCUCAGGUGAGGGUAAUCAACACGGGAAGCCCCGCGCAGUCGCUCGCCAACACACCAGCCGCCAGGGCGUCUGACUCCGAUGGGCACGAAGCGGCCGGCGGGCGCAGGCUCAGCCCCGUUGAUCUAUUGUCUCCGGAGGCCAUCGACAGCGACGCGAAACCCCAUGAGGGGGCGGCCAAGCUUGCGCCGCUGCAUGGGGUGAUCGACGCUGGUGCGCUCUUGUGGAAUUUUCACGAAGAGGAAGUCGCAACUUCCUUCUUGCGGUAUUUUCUCGACUUCCGCAACUCUGCGUCUAGAGUCGAGCAGGACAAGGGCCGGGCGAUGUUUCCUGCUGUCGCAGUUGCGUUCCAUACGUUUUCCGGCAGGUUGGCCGUGAAGGUAGGAGAGGUCAAGACGAUCGGCGCCGAGCGCGUGUGGACUGUUCGCGCAAAGCCCAUUAUCAUGCGUGGCAGUGAUCACGAAGACAUCGAGAGGGUGGUCGUGAAAGACUUGAAGCUCCAUGAGCUGGCUGGAGUCUCAGCAGAGGAGUGGCGGAGGCUUCUGUUUUGUUACUACUCCACGAAGCGAACGACCGGCGUCGAUUUUCCUUUGCCGAAAACCAAGGCGCGCGCCCUGCUCACGAGUGGGCCGCGGGUGGCGGCGUCGCGAUUGCGACAGGCUGCGCUGCGGGCCCGCCAGUUCCUCGAGAAAGAUGGCCAACAGCUACAGGUGGUGGUCACAGAUGAAGCACUGAAAAUCUGGGAGAAAGCAGGACGCGAAUCAUGGACAGGAGGAAGCCUAGCUUUCAGCGAUAUUAUUUCGGCUGCGACAGGCGUCGAGGCCUCAGCCGUGGCACAGUCUCAGCUCUACGCGCUGCAGCUAACCAUGCGAGGGCUUGCUUCCGAUUUCGCGCAUCGAGCAAGGGCUAACUUUUUUAGCAUGAUAGAGGUAGAGCUACAGCAGCGGGACGAGGACAAAGACACGGAGAGGGCCGCGUGCUUGGUUGCAGGGCAAGAUCUUUUAGUCCAGAAAGUUUCGGAAACUGAAAGGGACUUCGGCUAUGAGUCGCUUCCAGAAACUGACGAUGGCACGCCGCAAGGACACUUGACGACAAUGCUGAAGGAAGCUGAAAAUCUGCAGACGAGCUUGACCGCAGGCGUUUACAAUGUUGCAGAAGCUUGCAAAUAUCAGUCUGAGGCGGUCACAACAAUUGGGCGCAUCAAUUCCGUGCGCGAUUACUUGAAAAAGAAGAUCCAAGAAGAGAGCGAAAGCAGCAGCAGCCGGGUCACCGCAGGCACUUCUGAAGAUGCUGGAAGCAGUUGGCUACAAGGACAAAAGGAGAUGAUGGUGGAACAAGAAGAGGAUAGAGAAGAAGAGCAGGAGAUGGAGCGGGAAUCCGAGCGCGACCUAGCGUUUGGGUUUGGCUCCAUUCGGAUCUACGAGCCCAGCCCGGAAGACGGCAAGCUGGAGGUGCGGUGUGAGUCCUCUUCAGAUUCAGCAGAUUUCCGCAACGCACCUGUUGGCAUGCCCUUGAUUCCGCUUGCGCAAAUGCCCCUUCCCACACGCGCGCAACUACUUGUGAAGGAAUUUAAGCUCGCAGGCAGUAUCGGGUCAGCUCGCGCUGCGCCGUUUCUCGACGGUUUUUACUUGUCACGCAGGUUCCCAGUUUUCUUCAAGCCAGAAGACGGCACCACAGGCAUGCCGCAGAUACCAAUUGACCAUCCCAAAGUCUCGCUCAGCUGGAGCGUUCGGUCGCUCGACUUGCGCUUACUGCGGCGCGCGUGCGUUUUUUUCGUGAUCUUCAAUAAUGGAGAAACGGCUAUGCCUAUGAGGGUGAGCGCCCCUGCUUUCUUCUUUGCGGAGACCAUUCAGGACUGCCGGCUCGCGCGGGACGCAAUGAUGGACGGCCGCAACCCGGAAGAGGCCCACGUCGUGUUUGAGCGGGUGCUCGACUUCUCACCGGUCAUCCCAGCAGGCGGCGGCCAGGAGUUUGAUUUUCUCCAAUCCGCAACAGUGCACAUGCCAGAUGAAGCUGAAAUUUCGGCGAAGCAGGGUGGCGCACUCUCGCUCUCGGGAGAACAGCAGUCCCAGACGCAAAUGGCGCUAUGUGAAAUGAGCAUCCGAACUCAGUUGCUGCUUGGGGACUCACAGAUGCUUCUGCGGCUGCUCAGAUAUGAGGAGCGCCGCGAAUUGCAGAGGCGACUUGAACCAUCGAGCAAAACGGGGCUGCGCCCAGUUGUAGACGUGUGCGGGGACACGCAUCCGUUCCCAUACACACGAACCAUGCUGAGGGUGAUUUGCAACGGAGCGACGAAAGGGAGCGAAGCUCCGUACGCCCAGACGCCAUUGCCUGUGGAAGUAGAGGAGGGCUUUUCCCUGACAGAGGAAGCCGCUGCCAAGGACAAGGUCACGGACGAGCUGCAACUACUAGUGGACACCUAUUGUCCGACUCUGGCACAGCGACUGCGGCUGAGGCUCUUCUUAGCAACAACCAAGAACGACGGGGAGCCGGCAGUGACGAGGGCUGCGGAGGAGUACCGGGAAAAAGCUAACGCUCCGAUAAUGCUGGUUAUGCUAUUCAAGUGACGCGCAAAAAAUAGAAAUAGUACUGAGGACUCUUUGUGGCUGGUGAAAUUAAAAUUAGGGGUUGGAGUAAGAUGAAAAGCAUUCGCAGGGGAUAAAACUAGUUCUAAAUUAUAGAAACGUACUUAUAAUAGUACUUUUAUUCUUAUAAGAUAUAUUGUAGUUUGCGAUCGGAAGCUCUGAUGGUCUCAAGCAUAAGAGUUGCUUAAUAAGUGAUGAUAUGAUCCACUACAAUCUGACUUGCUUCUUCCGUUCGCCAUGAUUUCCUAAUGAUCGUUAUCCUUACUCCGAAACUGUGUCGCCUGUAUUCAUUGUUCUCAUCGUAGUGCCUUGCGGAGUUCAGUGUCCGCAUUCUAGUGGGGCUACUAUGUCUCUCAAUCGUGCUAGAGUUAAAGUACCUCAAGGUGGCCAGCGCGCAGUUUUUAGAAUACUAUCUCCACUAAAUUCGACUCUCUCCAAAAUUCUCUAACAGAUGAUAGAUACCUAGCCGCUUUUUGCUUUCUUGUGUGUGACGUGGGAUAGUAAAAGUAGUAAAAAUAAUAUAGAAAAUUCAUCGUGAAGUUUUUUUUUUGAUAGCGUUGGAGUUGGUGUCUGAUUCUCCUACUGAUGCAAGGAUAUAGAGCUCUGGCGUCGUUGAUAUUUAUCAGCUGUUCUAAGUUUAGUGCUACUGCUCGACAAGUGGCGCGCUGGUUUGGGCAGCGGGCACAGAUUUCCCUUGUUACCAAUUUACAUUUACAACAGUUUACAUUUAGAUCUAUGAUUUGAAACUACCAGCCUCUUCCACGUGCAGUAGUUCGCCUCUAUGCCACUUGUCGAGUUGGAAAGUAGUCAGUUUAACAGGACGUUUAGUUUUGAUCUAUGAGUGAAUGAAUGAGAGUGUUAUCUUAUCGAGAAAAAGAAGACUGAGUAUUUAAGGUGUAUUAAGUAUCGUUAAGAAGAAAGCUGAGCAUCGUUAAAAAGAAACUGGAAGACGCCGAGUAUUUAGAAUGUAAAUGUGUGAGAAUUCAAUUAUUAAUACGAAGUCUUUUUUUAUAAUGUCCCAGAUCGUCGAUGUCGAAUUAAUAAAAUCAAUUCACUGAAUAAAUACCUGAGUUACUACUGACUCUAGCCGUACCCGUAAAUCACUAAGAACGCUGCUCGAAGAAAUGAAAGAAAUGCGCCCUGCCUCCUAGGAUCCACCACCCAUCCCACCAAAAGUAAGCUUAAUGGGGGUGCCUAGUCUGUAGGGGUUGGGAUAGUCUGUUGUUUUCUUGUAUAUUUCAAAGUCUAGGUCAGCAUACUCGAAUACCCGAUGACUAUUAAGAAGAAUAAGAGCAGUAUUAUUUAAGAGCAUGAGCAAGUGCAAGUGCAAGACUAAAAUGAAACUGAAAAGGCAAGAGGAAGAAUUUUGCUUCUCUUUUGGGGAGCGAUAGCCUAGAUGAGGACCGCCGACGUAGAAUUGAACGAGGAUAGACGAUUAAUUUUAUUAUUUGCAUUUAGUUUUCUUUUUCCUUUUCGAGUAGUAGCGAUUGGUGAGGAAGCAGACGAUGCUAAAGGUAGACCAUCAACUGAAACUACAACAGCAACAACUUAUCAUCUCAACGAUUAUAGCUUGCAAAACGUUUAGGUUUAGCGGACACUCUCAAAGCACAAACAGUUUCACCAGAUCUAUUUAUGUCAAUUAGAAGCCGAAUGAUUUUCUCUUCCGUUAUUCCUGGAAAUUCGAGGGGAAGGGCCACAUGGCUGCGAAAAGUAGGCCCCUGCGUGCUAUUCAGACCUCCAGAAAGGCUAAGAUAUAUGAAGAUGAAUGGACGAAAAAUCUCGAAAAGCGCAGAGAUGAUUCAAAGCCUCCCCUUCAAGCGUUUGAGGGAGAACAGCACUAGGCAGACCUUGGAGAUGGAGG